GAUAAUAACAUUGUUCGAAAAGAGGAUGUUACAGUCAUCAAGUAGUCACUAGGGUAAGAAGUGAAAGCGAAAGUUGGAAGCUGUUUACUACUAGAGUGAUUUCGAAUUUCAAAAGAAAAUUUCUCAGUUUUAUAAGUUAGCCAUUUGAGAUUUAUCAAUUAUCUUUUGCCGUUAAUACUUCAAAUUCAAUUGCGAUGGCCCUCAAUUGUUCCUCGGGUUCCACUCGCUGUGUUAUUAUUUAGAGUAAGACUCUAUAGUAUUUAAUCACGUUUUUUUAUUAUAUAAAUAUAUCGAAAUGGAAACUACAAAUGGAGAUUCAGAGGUUCCAAUUUUAUUAAAUUCGUUUAGGCCUAUACCACCUAGAAUUCAACAAACAUUUUUUGGUAAAAUUCGAGCUUUUAAUUCUUUUACAACUUUGGAAUGGGUGUACCUGACAACAUCUUUAAUAGCUCUAACUGUUUCACUUGGAAUAACAAUCGAGAGAUUGACUGUAAUUAAUGCAAAUGAGAGCGAUUUUACUUUCGCCGUUCUUUUGCUACUUACAACAGGCUAUUUAACAAUCAUUGGUGUUUUCAGUCCAUUCUUAAUUGGUCUCGGAGUUUUUCUGUGCAUUCGAUAUUUCCAUUCCAAUAACUUGGUAUUUUAUACAGUCGGUGCAACUGCAUCAUUACAAAAGUCCUGUCAAAUUUAUUACAUCUGCAGCUCAUUGUUGAAAUUUGAUAUGCAACUACAACUUAGUAUGUUGGUUUUAGUCAUGGGCAAGGCAGAUGUGAUAUUGCUAGGAGAAACAACACAGACAAUUAUUCUCGCAUCUGGAAUACCUGUUACAUUUCUUUUCAUCCUUGUUGGUUUUUUAGGUUUACGAUAUGAGAAUAAAUCUUUGAUGAUUCUAUUUUACAUCUUGGCCCUUGCUGAACCAACUUAUAUCACAUACAAAUUCAUUUAUAUUGUAACAACACACUCAAAUAUUGAUGCAAUUUAUAACAGUACUUUUGUAUGUGGUUCUUUUGCGUUGAUCAUAUGGAUGUUACUGAUAUUUUCAACAUCGUAUUUUGCAAUUUACCAUUUUGGUAAAGGAUUGAAAGAGAGAAUGUUUGAAGACAAUGGAGGCUCACAAAGUUUUACUACAAGAAAUAGUGAAGCAACUUACUUACUGUCUCCUUCUCUAACAGGGAUACAAUCUACAUAGGAUCUAAGAUCUUUCCACUUCUACAUCUCUUACAACAAUAAAAUCCCUCUGAUUUGAACUAAUCAUUGAUUCAUAUUAUUGAAAGGAAAAGGAUGAUACGAAGUAAUUGAGAUGCCCAGAAAGUUAGUGAUUGUUUUCGGUGACAAAUGGGUAGGUUUGAAAAUAUCAGAAUGUUUGAAAGCAUAUGACAUGUUUACAAAAUUAUGAAAGACGAAUUUUAUUUAGUAUUACUGCUGUUAAAGGAAUUAAAGAUGCUAUUGGACAUGAAUCUGAAAAUGUCAUGUUUCUUUAGGAAAAAGCAUGGUUUAUUCUCUUCUCUUCAAAAAAAAAAAAUCCUAUCCACUAUAUUUAUCAAACUUUUGCACAUUACAAUUCUUUGGACGAUUUAAAAACUCACCUAGAAUAGCUUUUUUGCCAAAAAUGCUGGGAGGUUCUGAAAGAUUUCUAAAGUUGGCCUCUAAAAUCAGGUAUCAGUAGGGCAGAUUUGUUGGCAACUGUUUCAAGGGAUUAUAGUAGGUGGGUCAACGUUGCUCUCACAGUGAGGACAGAUAAUGAAAGAACAUCCAUGCCAUGUCCGGGAUUCGAAUCCAGGACCUUACUAGCGCGAGGUCAGUUCCCUGACCAUUAUACAAACUGGUAGGCAGUUACCGAAAAUAGGUUACAUAAUUAUAUCAACAUUAAAGUGUAUGUAGUUUCUUUCAAAAUGGAAAUGGACUUGAAUAGAAAAAGACAUUUUAAGGACAAAUUAUAUUGACAAUUAAAUCAAAAAAAUUGUGUACUUAAGUUUUAAAUACUCUAAACGGAAUGUAUAAUAUAGGGUGAUAUCAUGUUAUAUAUUGAGUGAUUAUUUUUCUCACUAUAUUCCAAUGUACAUUUACAUGAUUUUGAUGUCGAUGAAGAAAUGUUUCUUACCACAAGCAAGAAUUUGAUCUUUUUCAAAUAAGCAUAACAGUGCUAACUUUGUAUUCUUUUAAUCUGAUCCAAUUUUUUGAUUAAUCCCUAUAGUCAUAGGAAUUGUUAACUUAACAUGUAAUAAAAAGCUUAGUGGUUGAGA